AUGGCCGCCAUCUUGCACCUGCAGGCAAUCAUGCUACUGUUUGUACUGCCACCGACACGGGUCUCGGCUCAAGAGCAGCAGCCGCCCCCACCACAGGUCGUGCGGCCGGACUGCCGCAACAAGUGCGGCAACAUCACCAUCCCUUACCCCUUCGGCAUCGGCGCCAGUUGUUUCCGCAAUGACAGCCGAGGGGGCUUUGAGCUUGAGUGUGACGACUCCUUCCCGACCCCACGGCUCGCAGUCACCGGCUAUGGCGUCCAGAUCACUAGCCUGUCAAUCACCACCGGCGAGGCCUGGGCAUACAUCAACGCGACACGCCACUGCUACGACAGCAAAGGGGUCAUCAUUAACCAGACCGGCACAUCAGUGCCUCUUUUCGGAAGCCACUACCUCUUCUCCCAGGCCAGGAACCGCCUCGUCGCGCUGGGCUGCCCCAACCUUGGCUAUUUCGUCGACACCGCCGGCUACUACGUCAGUGGCUGCAUGUCCGUGUGCCGGCCGUCACGGUUCACCAAACCGGGAUCCUGCACGGGUGUCGCCUGCUGCCAGAGCACCAUACCCGCCGCCGUGGACUAUUACGAGCCAUACAUGCUCGAAUUCCCGAAGCGGGUGGGGGACCCAAUCUUCUACAGCAACAGCACAACUUGCCGGUACGUGUUCCUGGUGGAGACCGACUGGUUGAAUACCACAUAUGAGGGCGGUGACGGCGAGUACAUUAACCGGACCGACAACUUUGCCGUGCCCGUCGUGCUCGACUGGGCUGUCCGGAAUGUCGGCAACUGCAGCACUGCCAAGCGCAACGCAGCGGACUUUGCCUGUCGGAGUGCUUGCAGCGAGUGCGCCGACACCACCAACGGCCCCGGGUACUACUGCAACUGCUCCAAGGGCUACAACGGCAACCCCUACCUCGACGGUGGAUGCAGCGACAUUGACGAGUGCCAACUCAAAGAAGAACAUCCAUGCUACGGAGUCUGCACAAAUACGCCGGGAAGUUACACUUGUCAAUGCCCUCCUGGAACUAGUGGAGAUGCCACCAUCAAGAAUGGUUGCCGGCCAAAGGACAAUUUCUCGUUAGCCCUGAAAGUGGUUACAGGAGUCAGCGUUGGAGUGUUCUUGCCUGUGUUCAUGUGCUUCUGGCUCUACCUGGGGAUCCAGAAGAGGAACCUUAUCAGAACAAAGCAGAAGUUCUUCGAGCUAAACGGAGGCUUUUUCCUGCAACAGCAGAUGCGUGCCUACAAUGUCACUGGCACCCAUGCUGGAGGUUUCAAGAUCUUCUCCGAGGAAGAGCUCGAGAAGUCUACUAACAACUUUGCUGCUGACUUUGUUCUUGGCCGUGGCGGGCACGGCAUUGUCUACAAGGGUGUCCUUGAGGACAAGACAGUGGUGGCGAUCAAGAAGUCAAAGAUGAUGGAAAAGGCUCAGACCAAGGAAUUUGCAAGUGAGAUGUUCAUCCUCUCCCAGAUUAACCACAGGAAUGUCGUCAAGCUGCUCGGAUGCUGCCUUGAAGUAGAAGUGCCCAUGUUGGUCUACGAGUUUGUCUCAAAUGGCACCCUCUACCACUACAUCCACAGCAAGAACCUCAAAGCUGACACAGCCUUCAGUACCUUUCUCCGGAUAGCAGUAGAGUCAGCCGAGGCACUGGCAUACAUGCACUCUUCGGCCUCACCGUCAAUCCUCCAUGGUGACAUCAAGACAGCGAACAUUUUGUUGGAUGACAAGCUCACUGCAAAAGUUUCAGAUUUCGGAGCAUCAAAACUGGCACCAGGUGAUGAGGCCAAGAUGGCAACAUUAGUGCAAGGAACUUGCGGAUACCUUGACCCAGAAUACUUAAUGACAUGCCGGCUGACAGAUAAGAGCGACGUAUACAGCUUUGGUGUCGUCCUAUUGGAGCUUCUGACAAGGAGGAAGGCGCUGUAUUUGGACGGGCCAGAAGAAGAAAAAAGUCUUGUUUUAUGCUUCAUGAUGGCAGUGAAGUCAGGCCAGCACCAAGAGCUUCUGGACAGCCAAAUGAGGGAUGAGAUGAAAAUUGAAGCGCUCGAAGAGAUCACGCACCUCGUGAUGAGAUGCUUGAACAUGAGUGGGGAGAAUAGACCAACGAUGAAGGAGGUUGCAGAGAGGCUGGAGAUGCUGAGGAGAUGUCAGCACCAUCCAUGGGGUCAAGAGGACGCCAAUCCAGAGGAGGGGCAAAGGUUGCUUUCCAUGGAACAACAGAAUGUGAAUUACAUGUUCACACAGGAUAACGUCCUUGAUUUUGAAGGAAGUAGUACAUACAGCUUUAGCUCGUAGGUUGAAACAUUGUGCCAUUCUUUCUGCAUAUCCUUUCAGAUAUGAAUUCUUUGGGAUGUAAGGAAACAAAUGCACAUAUGACAGUUGCAGAAAACUGAACACAGACAAAGCUCUAAAGUUCAUACCGAUUGUAUAACUCCACAAAAUUGUAUGCAUAUAUUUAAGGGAUUAUAGAAAUAAUCUAAGCCAAUAAAAUGUUAUUAUAC